GCAAAGCCGUACGCGCUACCGCACCAAAAAAUCCCGUGCGCGCGUCUGGACCUCGCCCACGAUAUCCGGCCCGCGGCGGACACUACGAAGCCACCGCUCACCUGCAUCCAGACCAAAACCAACCGCCCCACCUUAUCUCUCUCUUUCUCCGUCUCCGACCAUCUCCUCUGUUUGAUCUCUCUCUUCUUUUCUCCGGAUCCUUUCUUCCAUGGAAGCUGCUGCCGUCCUCCGUUCCUUCCAAGGUGGUGUUUGGACAAAGCAACCUUCAGAGUCUUUCUUGGAAAAGCCUGCUGUGGCUUCUGUGUCUAAUGUUGCACUGAAGGUAAAACCAAUUUCUGGAGUUUUAAUGGUAGCUCAGGGCUGGAAGAGGUCAUUCCUGCCAUAUCUAAAAGCCUCAGAGACAAAUUCGGCUCUGACAUCUGAAGUUACUUCAGACAGGAGUUCACAAGAACCAUUGGAGGAAAGUGUGCAGAAUUCAACUUUUCCUAAUGGGUUUGAGGCAUUGAUAUUGGAAGUCUGUGACGAAACCAAUAUUGCAGAGUUUAAAAUAAAGAUUGGUGACUUCGAAAUGCAUCUGAAAAGGGACAUAGAAAGCCCCAGAGCUCCUAGUCCCAGUACUCAUAUUGUGUCACCUACAACAGCACCGCCAAUUCCAAGUGAGCCAAUGAAUGAGUCAGGAGCUGCUGCCCAACCAGCUGUAUCACGGAAAUCCCCUCCUGCAGCUACCAGUCCAUUUGCAAAUAUUUCUUCUGCAAAGGCAUUAAAGCUAGCAGCUUUAGAGGCUUCUGUAUCGAAUGCAUAUGUUCUAAUAUCAUCACCUACGGUUGGUACAUUCCAAAGGGGAGGAACGUUUAAAGGAAAAAAGCAACCUCCAAGUUGUAAAGAGGGUGACAUAAUUAAAGAAGGGCAAAUCAUUGGCUUCUUGGAUCAGUUUGGCAAUGAACUGCCUGUUAAAUCAGAUGUAGCUGGGGAGGUCUUAAAGGUCCUCUACCAGGAUGGAGAGGCAGUUGGCUACGGAGAUCCUCUCGUGGCUGUCUUGCCUGCCUUCCAUGGGAUCGAGUGAGUUGCUUGACAAGCCACAGACUCAAUUUCACGGGUGGUUUUGUCAUCCAUGCGGCCUUGGAUUUGCCAUUUCUGCUUUCUCCAUCCAGCUUGACCGACGGUUAUGUAAUCAUUGAUUAAUUUUAGUAAGACAACAUGGCAACCGAUUGUUAAUUGUUUGCCAGAGAAAUAAAUUUACAGUGUAAUUCAUGUCAGGAAGAACUGCUAUUACUCUCUCUUGCUUGUAAAACGAUGAUGUCAGAACUAAUGGUUUGAGGCUUUUGUCGAUGAGCUCCCA